AUGGGCAGCACACUUCCUGAGCGGGUGUAUGACGUCCACAAUCAAUGGCCGACCCCUCAUGCACACCAGGCUCUACAGUCAUGGGCUAGACUCAACUCUUAUACCAAAGCCGGUACUAUUCAAAUAGACGGCAAAACGCUCGAUGUGGCUGCCAUUGUCGCUAUCGCAAGAAACGGUGUACGCGUAGCUGUCACAGAGGACACCAGUAUCACUCAGAGAAUUGAAGACAGUGUUGAGACUCUACAAGACUACCUGUCGAAAGGGUACUACCUCUAUGGCGUUAAUACUGGGUUCGGGGGCAGCGCCGAUACACGCACCACGGACUUGUAUGGGCUACAGCGUGCGUUGAUGCAGCACACCCAGAGUGCCGUAUUGACCGAGGAAGACAAAGUUGGUUCCAGCAAACAUGAAUACCUGGAAUCACACAGUAUGCCGAGUGCCUGGACGAGAGCUAUGACUGUAAUUCGGUGCAAUGCCAAUAUCCGUGGUCAUUCGGCGAUGACUCGCAAUGUUGUUGAUACUAUGAUCAAGCUGCUGGACCAUGACAUUGUGCCAAUUGUCCCCCUGCGCGGCUCGAUCUCGGCUUCUGGUGAUCUGAUGCCUCUAUCUUAUCUUUCUGGAGCCAUCCAGGGGAAUCCAGAUGUUUAUGUACGCGUCGGGGGCUUAAAGGGUAAUGCCCCUCGCGUUCUAUCCGCGUUUCAAGCGCUCAAGGAAGCCUCGAUUGAGCCUAUCAUCCUCGGUCCGAAAGAAGGUCUAUCACUGAUUAAUGGAACUGCCGCUGCCGCUGCAGUAGCUAGUUUGGCUUGCUAUGAAGCAAAUCAGCUUGCUUUGGUCUCUCAGCUACUGACUGCACUGAUGUCCGAGGUUCUAUAUGCUAACAAUGAAUGGGCCCACCCGUUUAUUGCUGCUGUGCGCCCCCAUCAGGGCCAGAUCGAGGCUGCGCAGAAUAUCCGAACCUUCCUGUAUGGCUCACAGCUUUCGUAUGGACUAGAGCAGACAAAGGAUCGUUUCAGUUCUGGACUAGCCCAGGAGCGCUAUGCAUUGCGCAGCUCUCCUCAAUGGUUGUCGCCGCAGCUAGAGGAUCUUCUCACCGCUGAAAAACAGCUAGAAGUCGAAUUGAAUUCGACUUCCGAUAAUCCGGUUGUCAAUACUCUAGAUGACGAUAUUCACUGCGGCGCGAACUUCCAGGCUGCUGCUGUUACAUCCGCCACUGAGAAGAUCCGUCUUGCUUUACAAUCUAUUGGCAAGAUAUUGUUUAGUCAAACUACCGAAGCAAUCAAUCACGGCCUGAACAAUGGUCUUCCGCCUAAUCUUGCCGCCGAUGAUCCUAGUCUAUCCUUCUGUCUCAAGGGUAUCGACGUCAAUACCGCCGCCUAUACAUCCGAGCUAGGAUUCCUGGCAAAUCCCGUCAGCAACCACGUCCAGUCUGCUGAGAUGCACAACCAGGCUGUCAACUCGCUUGGCCUUCUCUCUGCACGCCAGACCAUGGCAGCCGUUGAAGUCCUCUCCCUGAUUGUGGCCAAUGCACUCUACACAGCCUGCCAAGGUGUAGAUCUGCGAGCUCUCCAUCGCACCUUCAUCGCUAGCCUAAAAGCCCCCGCCCGCAAGCUCAUCAUCACCGGGCUAUUCGUCGAUACACAGGACCCAGUCAGCAAGGACCGUUUCUUCACCACCUUCUGGAAAGAAUUCGAAGAGGCCUGGUACGCAGCCGCAGCAUAUGAUGCAGCUGAGCGCGCCGCAAAGGCCGCACAAUCGCUAGCUGUCGCUGUAGUCAACUCGCAACACAUUGCUAUUAUUCUGCCUGUUGAGAAGGUCACUGGCUUGACCAAAGCCUUUGAGUCCCUCAUUCUACAGUCAUAUCUGCAGCACCGCGAUGCAUUUUUCAAACAGCCCUCCACCGCCCAGUAUCUGGGACAGGGAACCCGAAUGAUCUACCGCUUUGUGCGGGAGAAGUUAGGUGUACCGCUCCACCGCGGCCUCGUCGAGCAUCCCGUGGCUGGGGACCAGGAAGGGAACGUUAUCGAUGGUCGUCCGAAGAAGACCAUCGGAUCCUGGGUCUCGAUCAUUUAUGAGGCAGUUCGCGAUGGGUCCCUGUAUGCUGAGGUGUUUCAGUUUCUGGACGCGAGUGGAGGCAUUGCCAACGGAGUGAAGGUCGCCAAUGGAACGAAGGUCUCCAACGGGACAAACGGGAGUGUGACUUAUUGA